GUUUGGUUUGGGCCCAUGUCAUGUCGCGACAGAAGAAUCAAAGUUUCAAGGGCCAUGGAUUGUCAAAAGGAAAAGAGCGAUGGAGAAACCGGACACUCUGAAGAGCCUAGUGCCCUGCUGGGAAUCCUGCACGCGUGGGGCAGGGCUGGUUGGACUUGGGAACCAGUCCUGUAUACCCGAUGUUUGCAGUGUACACUGAUCCCUCCCCUCUGGCACUCAGCAUCCAUGACAGCCUGGGCUCAGAGAUCAGCACCUACUAGUCUGUCUUAAAACCAACCCGCCUGGACCAAGCAGGAGAGCAAUACUCUUUACCAGAGAUUUUUGGGAGAGCCAAGAACGUUAAUCCGCUUCAAGACCACACUCAUGAACACUCUCAUGGACGUUCUGCGCCACAGGCCCGGAUGGGUAGAAGUGAAAGACGAAGGUGAGUGGGAUUUCUUCUGGUGUGAUGUCAGCUGGCUGCGUGAGAACUUUGACCACACCUACAUGGAUGAGCACGUGCGGAUCAGCCACUUCCGGAACCACUAUGAGCUUACCAGGAAGAACUACAUGGUGAAGAACCUCAAGCGCUUCCGGAAGCAGCUGGAGCGCGAGGCGGGGAAGGUGGAGGCAGCCAAGUGCGACUUCUUCCCCAAAACCUUUGAGAUGCCCUGCGAGUACCAUCUGUUUGUGGAGGAGUUCCGCAAGAACCCUGGAAUCACCUGGAUCAUGAAGCCAGUCGCCCGGUCUCAGGGGAAGGGCAUCUUUCUCUUCCGGAGACUGAAGGACAUCAUGGACUGGAGGAAGGGCACUGUGGGGAAGAAGCUCACCAUUGUGGAGGCGCAGCCUAACCGUGCCAACGUGAACCCCUCAGGCAGCCAUGACACGAAGAGUUCUGAUGACCAGAAAGAGGAGAUACCAGUGGAGAACUAUGUGGCUCAGCGUUAUGUGGAAAACCCCUAUCUGAUAGGAGGCCGCAAGUUCGACCUGCGAGUCUAUGUUCUGGUGAUGUCGUACAUCCCUCUGCGGGCUUGGCUGUACCGUGAUGGCUUUGCCCGAUUCUCCAACACCCGCUUCACACUGAAUAGCAUCGAUGACCAUUAUGUUCACCUCACCAAUGUCGCUGUGCAGAAGACAUCUCCUGACUACCACCCCAAAAAGGGCUGCAAAUGGAUGAUCCAGCGCUUCCGACAGUACCUGGCCUCCAAACACGGUCCCGAGGCCGUAGAGAGGCUCUUCAGGGACAUGGACAACAUCUUCAUCAGGAGCCUGCAGAGUGUGCAGAAGGUGAUCAUCAGCGACAAGCACUGCUUCGAGCUGUAUGGCUAUGACAUCCUCAUCGACCAGGACCUCAAGCCGUGGCUCCUAGAAGUGAACGCAUCUCCUUCGCUGACAGCCAGCAGCCAGGAGGACUAUGAACUCAAGACCUGCCUGCUGGAAGACACCCUGCAUGUGGUGGACAUGGAGGCCAGACUCACAGGAAGGGAGAAGAGAGUCGGGGGCUUCGACCUCAUGUGGAAUGAUGGCCCUGUUAGAAGAGAGGAGGGGCCUUCUGACCUAUCAGGAAUGGGAAACUUUGUGACCAACACACACUUAGGAUGCGUCAAUGAUCGGAAGGAGCAGCUGAGACAGUUGUUCCGAUCCCUUCAAGUACAGAAGAAAGCUCCUGGCUGACCCCAGGCAGGAAGGAGGCCCUGGCAGGUGCCGUCCUGGCCUCUCACAACAGGACUCCUUUGGCACAGCAUACCUGUUCUCACCUCCCUCCAGCCUGGCAGCUAUUUUAAUGGAGAGGCAGCCUCUGCUUGCUACCAGACACCCUAGACUCCCCACUUUAGCACCGCCCCCCAUCUCUGAAACAGGGACAGUCAAUCCUUGGGACUUGCAGGGGGGGGGGGCUCAUCCUUGACAGAUUGUUGAUUGGGCCCAAGGAGGUCAAGCAGCAAGU